UAUUAGUCUACCUCAGGCAGGCUGGCAGACUGGUAUUUAUAAACUCCUCAGCGGGGCGUCUUUGCGCGCUCCAGUAUCUCCUCAUGUCCUAUCAGUGCGCGUCCCCCGCUGGAGACUUGUGUGUGUUUGGAGCGGCUGUCGGUCGGAUAGGAGCCGUGGGUCCACACAGACGCGGAGACAUGGGCGCAGUGUGAUUAUUCCUUCUUUCAUGAAAAAUCUCUGGCGGACUCCACUUUGCGACAACGCUGCUGUCUCUGCAGGACUUCUUGACCGUUUGCGCUCAUGUGUGGCUCACUGUGUUUCCACACACGAGCAUGCUUUUAUCAUUGUCUUUGUUUGAUAUGAGACGGGAUUAAGAUCUCCGGCAGCGGACCAAACAGCUCGCUUUAGUAAAGGGAGGCUAAUUUAGGCUGUAGCCUAACUUUUUCUCGGGGCAGGGAUGUCUUCGGCUCGGGUGGAUUACAUUGCGCCUUGGUGGACUUACUGGCUUCACAAUUUUCCCCAUAUCAACCUGAGGUUUCAGGUCAUUGACAACAGCUUCCAGCCCGAAGAAGAGAACUACCAGCAGUCUCUCAUAUUCCUGGGCUGUGUUGCGGCUGCAGGGCUUGGCCUCAACCUGCUAUGUCUGGCCAUCUACCUGAGCUGUUUGUGCUGCUGCCGCAAAGACGAAGAAGAGGAGAGCAAGAAGCCCAACUCCUGCUGCGUCACCUGGUCUGCUGUCGCUGCCGGCCUCAUCACAUGCGUUGCUGUGGGUGUGGGUUUCUAUGGCAACAGUGAGACCAAUGACGGCGUGUACCAGUUGACCUACUCCCUGUACAACGCCAAUCACACUCUGGGUGGUGUGGACAGUCUGGUGACUGGCACCAUGGGCAGCAUGAAGAGCGGCCUGCACCAGCACCUCGCAAGGCUGGAUGAGAUCUUUGCCAUGCGGGGUGACUACGUGCAGACCUUGCAGUUCAUGCAACAGAUGGCUGACAACGUGAUCAAACAGCUGCUGGGCCUGCCUGACUGGGAGGAGGCUAAAGUGGACCUGGCAUCCAUCGCUGAUCAAACGGCAAACAUAGAGUACUACAGGUGGCUCACCUACCUGCUGCUCCUCAUCGUGGACCUGAUCAUCUGCCUGCUGGCCUGUCUGGGGCUCGCCAAGCAGUCUCGCUGGCUGCUCACGACGAUGAUGGUGUUUGGAGUGCUGACGCUGGUCCUGAGCUGGACUUCUCUGGGAGCUGACCUGGCCACUGCUGUGGGCACAAGUGAUUUCUGUGUGUCCCCUGACAAGUACCUCAUGAGCCAAACAAAGGGUAUCAUCAGUGCUGAUAUUGUUCAUUACUACCUUUACUGCAACCAGACUCUCUCCAACCCCUUCCAGCAGCCUCUGACCAUCUUCCAGAGGUCUCUGACCACCAUGCAGAUCCAGAUCCAGGGUCUGCUGCAGUUUGCUGUGCCUCUGUUCCCUACAGCUGAGAGAGACCUACUGGGUAUCCAGCAUUUGCUUAACUCCUCAGAGGCCAGUCUGCACCAGCUGACCGCCCUGCUGGACUGCAGAGGGCUCAACAAGGACUACCUGGAUGCAAUGGUGGGGGUGUGCUACGAUGGGGUGGAGGGUGUGCUCUACCUCUGCCUCUUCUCCACCCUGGCAGCCUGUGCCUUCACUGUCAUGCUGUGUGCCAUUCCCAGGGCAUGGAGACAAAUUGCCUGCAGGGAACGAGAUUAUGACGACAUCGAUGAGGAGGAUCCAUUCAACCCGCGGGCGAGGAGGAUAAGCACUCAGAACCCCAACGUCACCAACAUGCACAGCUUCUGCAGCUACAGCAGCAGCAUGGGCAGCCAGAGCAGCCUACACCCGCCCGCCCCAGCUGUCUCCAACGCCCCCAUGUCUGAGUACAUGAACCACACAGCUCUGUUUGGGGGAAAUCCGCGAUACGAGAACGUGCCUCUGAUCGGACGAGGCUCUCCACCCCCAUCGAUAUACUCUCAGCAGUAUAGAAACCGAUACUCCCCCAGUAUGCGGGCCACCUAUCUGUCCAUGACCGAGGAACAGAGAAGACACUUUGGGAACGACUUCCAAGCAUAGACUUCUUUAUCUGUCUGAGGAGGGAAACAGCAUCACACACACAAAUACACACACACACACACACACACACACAUGCUCAACAGACAAAGUAUGUGGCUACUCACUCGCAUCACAGAGGACAGUGUGUAACAUCUCGUUAGUCCAGGACUCCAGUCCGUGCAGUCUCAGGACAAUGGAACCACAUCUGUACUGGCCUCUGUGUGUUGUACGCUCAUAAACGAUUAAUCACACUUUUCUCUUAUUUAUGGGGGAACCUGCUAAAUAUUUCUGACACGUGCUGUCGAACUUAACCUGCUCUGAAUAAGUCGUGUUCGUUUGCUACCUGACACAAGUUAGUCGUCAGACUGUGUCUAUUGGUGAAGCAUUGAGGGGGAAAAAGCUGUGAUGGCAAAGGUUUGACUGUCUUUAUGUCCUUAUGAGUUCCUCCGUUAAAACUUGAUGAAACAGAUUAUUAAUAACUUUAUUUGAUUAAUAACUGAUGAAACAGGUGAUAGAAGCAAUUCUGAGGAUUCAUUUCUCACAGCAGUAAAACAGCAACAUGUUCAGAAUAACGUAAAAAAAAUUAAAAUUAUUAGUCCCUUCAGGUCUCCAAAGAGAAAAAUGUGAACAUGACAGCUGAUAUAAACAUGGCAUAUUAUUUUCUAUGUAUUGUGUUUCAUGCUUGUUAUUUGUGAAGCACAAACCCAGCACCGGCAGCACACAGGAGGUAUUGUUGAGGUAUAAUUUAUUUACAUUCACACUCAGACAUGCCUGCAAGUGAAGCUUUACGUUUCUAAAUCUCCUGGAGACGAGACUACCUUGAGACCACUGCUUCUGUAUAUAAGUUGUACAAUAACAGACUGUUGUCUCAUUCAUGAUGUGGUUUAUUUUGAUCUUGUUUAAACAAUGUGCCAUUUUUAUAUAUUUUUUCUAGUUUUGCGUGCAGAUGUCACAAAGGAUCCCUAUUUUUUUGUAUUUUAUAAAGGGUCAUUAAUUCAUGUUUCCUGCAUGUCUAAUCCAGCUAAUAGAAUAAAGUUGUAGUUUCUGUCAUAAAUUGGGAAGCUGUGCUGCUCUAACCAUGAUUAAUGAGAAUAUUCAGGUAAUUAUUAAUUCAAACCAUCCAAACAAUGUUUGUAUUGACUAACACUGAUUUUCUGUGGGGAUUUAAUACAUGCAGUUUUGUUUAUUAAUUAUUUUAAGUGUCAUUUCUUUCAGCAUGUUACAUUGUACAGGCACUGAGUGGUGCAUAAUGUUGUGUGUGACCUUAAACUUAGGGGUCUAAUUGUGAGUUGAAUAAAUCAGUUUUGAGUACAACUUGA